AUGUGCCAGCAAUAGCCUACUGAUAAACAUUUGUGCGUAGUUUUCCCAAAUUGAGAAAAUGGACGCAGAUUUUGUGAAGUCGCUUGUCCAGGAGGUAAAAUCCCAAGGCGUUUUCGAUGAGUUUCGCAAGGACGCGUUGGCGGACGUGGACACAAAGCCAGCAUAUCAAAAUGUACGCAACCGUGUUGAAACGGCCGUACGUGGAUUUCUGUCAAAACAAACGUGGACAACAGAGACAAAUAAAGUGCAGUUGCGUGAAAAACUCCGUAAACAUCUGCUUGAGGCGGAUGUUUUGGAUAAGGGCGUAGACCAUAUAGUUGACCAGGUGGUAAAUCCCAAGGUGGCCACAGUUUUUGAGCCAAAGAUACAGAGCAUAACGUACAAGUACCUAGGUAUAGCACCGCCGCCAUUACCAGCGCAUGUGCCGCCACCGCGUCCACCUCUGUUGCCCGCUCCGCCGCUGCCACCAUAUGCAAGUCAUCUGAACGGUGCUAACAUGCUGAGAGUGGAGACCACUGCUAGUCUUCUACCUACAGACUUGGAACAGAUUAGUCCCGAUUCGGACCGAGCCACUGUAAAAUCUGAUCUAAAAGACGAUAGCAAAGAUGAUGAUUUGCCGCCGGGCGUUGAACCGGAUGACCAUCAUUAUGAGGAUGACACGUCGCCCUCUUUUGAACCAUUGUCUGAAACUAAAACUUUACCAAAUGAAAGCAUAAGGGACGGUAUUAUCAAUGGCACUUUCAAUACAUCCGAUUCAGCCAAUAAAGAGUUGGUAAAUGAUUCGCGAGACGCUGGCGUCUCGCAAACAUCGCAGCUGUCCCAAGUGUCCAGCGAUAGUCGUUUGACGAUAGGGUCAACUGAAUCGGCGGUGGACGUCCAACAGCCUACGAGCAAUAGUAUUGAGCUGACUCCAAAUAUUGCUGCUAACAUUUCAGAGGAGGCGCAAAUGCCGAAAUUUAAUGAAAAUUCAAGCGAUACUAGCAGCGGUGAUGUUUCGACAGGUCGGCAAUUGCAUUUUGAUAUCAUGAAGGACACCAUUACUUUUGAGGGCACCGAACGCAAAAAUUCAAUGUCAGAGAUUGCGACAACAAAUGGAAGUGGUGCACUUGAACUUUCUAUUGAGGAUGCCAUAAUGUCUGAGGUGAAAGCCAACAUUGACGAUGCCAAUAAUGCUGCUAUCAAGCCCGAUCCAGAACCACCUAAUAUUGAUACACUGCAUUUGCAGCCCAAAAUUGAAUCUCCCCUUUUGAUGCAUAAAUCACUGCAGCCUCCAUCUACAAGUGAUCCACCACCUUUGCCACCGAACGUUGAGCCGCUACCGCUCAAAAUUGAGUUGCCGCCAUCGCCACCUAAGACUGAUCCACCGCUUAAAAUUGAGCCAUUGCCAUCGCCUCCUAAAAUUGAACCACCUCCAUCACCUCCCAAAGCGGAGCAGCCACCAGCGCCUCCUUUGCCGCCUCCAAAUGAGCCGCCGCUCUUACCGCUUAAAGUUGAACUUCCGCUGGCAUCACCAAAAUUCGACUCUCAAAUAGAGAACGGCGGCGGCGGCGGCGCAUAUUCAGAUGGAUCCCAACAUUCAGAGAGUCUGCUGAAGAUGGAGGGGAGCGUCAAAAUGCUGGCACAGGAGACAGUUAAUGACGAGAGUUCCAGAAAUUCAUUAGAUGAAGUUAACGACAAGAAGAAACAAUUAAUAUUAGUUUCCGACGAACCAUCGGCAAUUAAAUAUGAAGUCUCUAAGUCUACUGAGUCCACGACUUCGUCUGCAUCUACCUCGUCGCACCAUAAAAAGCACUCCAGAGAUAGGGAAAAGGAUAAGGAUAAAUAUAGGCAUAGGGAUAAGGAACGACGUCAUAACAACGACGAUAAGCAACGUAGUAAUUCACGAGAUCGUGACCGUAGCCGAGACAAAACGCACAGCAAACAUUCCUCAAGCUCCAGCUCGAAGCAUUCUUCAUCCAGCUCAAAACAUAAGAGCACCAAACAUGACAAAAGCUCUUUGACUUCAUCCUGUCGCAGCUCAAGUACCCGCGAUUCCUCUUCAGCAAUGCGUUCCACAUCGACAUCGUCGUCCCGACACGAAUCAAGCUCAUCAACAAAAAAGCCCAAGUCGACGUCAUCGUCAUCGCGAUCGGAUAGUCGAAGUCAUAGCAAGAGUCACAGCCAUAGCCGCAGUCAUAAUAAUAGUUCUUCGUCUUCUUCCAAAAGAAGUGAUCGCGAUCGCCAAAAAUCAACGACAUCCUCUACCCAAUCAGCAGCUAUUCAAGAUGACCACAACGAGCUCAAGUCAAAAAUACAGAAACGUCGAAGUAGUGACUCAAAUGAUGAAGGUAAGCCACCUGGUGCUGCCUCGAGCGUAUCAUCACCCAGUGGCACAUUAAAAACCAAAGAAAAAAAUGAAUCCGUGAACAGUAGCAUCACAUCCGACACGAACGAGCCAAAUAGAAACGGUGCGCACGAAGAAAAAGCGACAGUUGAGACUGCAUUAACCAGUAGUGUUGUUGUAGUCAGUGAUAUUUUGAAGCAGUCACCAAACAGCUUCAUCGAUAUUGGUCGCAAAGCAUCUGAGGUCAAAGUAGGAAAUGCAGAUGGAACCAAAUUUAAAACGAUCCUGCCCCAAGAAUCCGAAGAGCAGACGAAAAAAGGAGAAGAUCAGGAUCAGACAAUGGAGGUUACGUGUGUAAAUGAGCGGGAGGACAUCUCAGCAAAGACGCAAGAACUGGCACUUGCGCACGGGGUGCAUGAGAAUAUUGUUUCUAAGGAAGAACAGUCUGCUGUAGAUGGACGGAAAGAAACUGAAGGUAAUCCAGAACAGUGUGCUGUAGAUGAGCCAAAAGAAACUGUAUGCAAUCCAGAACAGUCACCAGCUGCGCAGGACAACCCUGGAGGACCCCAGAAGGAGGGAGAGCUUCAAAAAAUCGCAAACAAAAGCGAUGAAGAAAUUACGACUUACUUUGAGGAGAAUGCUGAUGAAUUUAAGCAGCGCCUUGAACUCAUCAGACGUACUAUCGAGCAACGUCGUAUUGUCUUAAAUGUCUUGGGUCAGGCGGAAGCAAAAGAGAGUCGUACGUUGCGUCGCAGUACGUCCAAGCGUCGUUUAAGUAGUGAUCGUCAGGAUUACCCCAAAAGGAGCUCAAUCGAUAAUACAAAUAUUGAUGAUAUCAGUCCUAACAGUAGCACUAGCAGCGAGAACGUCAGCAUGACGGCAAACCAAACGGACUCGGACAGCAAUCCGGCAAAGCGUUUGCGUUGCGAUGAAGCGAAGACUUCACCCACGUUUUCGGAAGCUAGUGUAAAUUCCAAGGAAAAUGAAGCACUCGACAAGCAUGACAAUGACGAAAUGUCGAAGCGUUUGAGCGGCUCUGCGAUGAGCAAGCUCUGCCAGCAGCAGCGCUACACCAAUGAUGAUCUCUACAAGCCCCGUCCAGUAUUGUCGCAACGUUCGCGUCGUCGUGGCUUGGAUUCAAUCCACUAGCUUGCUCUAAGCACUCACAUAUAUCUACUACUGCUAAAUCACUUGAUAAAUCAAAAUGUUAUCAAACAUGUAAGCUAAGGAAAGCGUAAAUAUAGAAAUGAAUAAUGCCUAAAA